ACGCUGUAUAUUAUCAUCGCUAACAGCAUUGCACGCGGAACGCAAAAUUUGAAAUACCAAAACGGAAAAGUUCAAUUUUUAUUCGUGUCGUUAAUCAGUUGCAAAUUAUACGAAAUCGUCCAAACGUUGGUUAACCGCAAUGAGUAAAUUGGGUACGUUUGCCGAGUAUAUCGGACGAAAAGUAAAUAAAGUGCGAUGGAAGCCAGAAGACCUGAUGUCUUCGUCAUUGUUUGUUACUGGAUCUUGGGAUAACGGACAGGACAACGCAAUUGAACUGUGGGAACUGACCGCUGAAGAUGAAAAUUCAGAGAAAGAUUUUCCUCCAAAGCUAUUAGAUUCGAUAAAACAAGAUGGAGAUAUUACACAAAUCAGGUUUUUAGAUAACAAAUUUUUUGCUGUAAGUACUGAUAGUGGAUCAGUAAAAGUAUAUCGUAUAAUUGGAGAAAAUGAAGCACCUAAAAUUCAUUUACAAGAAGCUGCUGCUUGGGAAUCUUUACACUCAUUUGGAAAAGGGGAAAGAAGCUCUUGCAAAGAUCUUGCUGUCUGCAACUAUUCAUUUGCAACAAUUGGUGAUGAUUAUAAACUUAAUGUUUUAUCAUUGAACACUAAACAACUUCAUCAAGUCUUAGAAGACAUAAGCAGCUCACCACUAACUUGCAUUAGUUUUUUAACUGAAACUGAAAUACUCUGCUGCAAUGCAUUAAGCCAAAUGAAACUUUGGGAUUUACGAGUUAAUAAAAAUGACAUAACAACUGAUAUAAAUAAUUUCACUCAGACUCAAGUUCCUAUUACUUGUAUUGCUCAACAUCCUAGCCAAAAACAUUUCAUUUUUACUGGUUCUGAAGAAGGUGAUGUUGGUGUUUGGGAUAUGAGAACCAAUAGUCUGUUAACAACUAUGUCUAGUGGUGAUACAACAUCACUAAGUGAGUUGGUAUUUCAUCCUCUAGAACCAGAUAAUUUAUUUUCUUGUUCAUUUGGAGGACGAUUGUUACAAUGGAGUUCUAAAAAAUCAUUUCUUUGUUACAAUAACUCGGCAGAUUUAGAGGGUUCUAACUUCUGGGCGAACCCAGAUUUGGUGAAAACAAGGUUGACAGUUAAUGAUGUAAUACAACCAAUUUAUCAACCCAUCAACUCAUUGGAUAUACAGAAACAACAACUUUUAUGCGGAGCUGACAAUGAAGCAGUUUACUAUCAACAGAACUUAAAAAUUUGAAUUUAAAUGUUCAAUAUAAUAUAAUAUUUGUAAUAAAUGUAUUUUAAAUAAAUCUA